AUGGCAUUAGGCCCAAGUUAUUGUGGAUCACGUAUGGAAAAGGUGGCUAAAGGAGUAUGUUCCGAACAUUCUAGAGCGACGGAAGUGAAUACGCAAAUUAGGAACGUGAAGAUAGGAUAUCUUGUCCUCGUGGUCGAUAAGGACACUGAGCGUGGAGCAUGGUUGUUGGGUCCUGCCACAAAGCCUAUCGUUGGAGAUUUAGGUGUAGUCCGAGCAGCCGAAGUUCAAACGAAGAAUGGAAUACUUGUCCGGCCGGUAGAAAACUUGCGCUUCUCGAAGAAGCCGUUGAUGUUUAAAGUCGUAUACGUCCUGGAAACCGAGAACGAAUACGGGGCCGGCAAUGUCCCGUCCGGACGCGUAUAA